GCGCCGCAGUGACGUCACACGGCAAUGGCGGCGCCCGCAAGCACGUGAGGCGGGCGGCGGCGUUAGCGGUGGUGGUCGGUGUCCGGCGCUCCUUCUCUGUUGCGGAGCUUCAGAGUGCGGUAAAAAUGAAGCCCCAAAAAGGACGGAGAUUUACGCCUUCCUUUAAAUUGAAACGGAAAGGCAUUGAAGUAACAGGGAAAUGGAAAACUGUGCAGAUCGACCCCAAUCUAUUUGCUGAUGAGGAGUUUAGAGAGCUAGUGUGCUUGGAGGAACUUACAGAAUACAAACUAGUAAGUUCUUCUGAAGUGGGGAAAGUAAGAGAGAAGAAGAGAAAGGUUGAGAGCGUUUCAGAAGAAGGCAGGGAGGAGGAAGCUGUCUUCCCUCCCAAAAAGAAAAAGAAAAAGAAAAACAAAGAUUUGAGAAGCAAACCUGAUAAAAGUGGUAAUCCUACUGCAUCGCAAGUUGAUGAGUCACUUGAUGAAGAGGCAAAGUGUAACAAAAUAAUCAAAGGGGCAAAUAGUGAAGACCCCGGACAUGUGGCUAAGAGUACUUCAAGCACAAAAGAUGCUCCAAAGAAAAAGAAGGUAGCUGAAAAUAAGACUUCUGAAUCUCAAGAAGUUCUGCCAUCGGUAACUACAUCUAAGAAAGUUAAAAACUGGACAACACAAGUUUUAUCUGCUUCAAAUGAUCAUAAAGCUGACGUGUCUGCGUGGAAAGACCUGUUUGUGCCUGAACCAGUGUUGCGGGCAUUGAGCUACCUGGGGUUUAGUGCUCCAACUCCUAUUCAAGCCUUGGCCUUGCCUUCUGCAAUCCGGGAUAAUAUGGAUGUUCUUGGUGCUGCAGAAACAGGAAGUGGUAAAACGCUUGCAUUUGCAAUUCCAAUGAUUCACUCUGUACUGCAGUGGCAAAAAUCAAAUAGCUCAACAACGAGAAAUGACAGUGUUUCUAAAGAGUCCCAUCAGCAUCAUGAUGGAAAAAGAUGGGAAAAUGAGGAUGAAGCAGAAAAACUAGCCCAUCAGCAGGCUGAAGAUAGUGGAGAUGAAGAUGAUGCAUCUUUCACAACAGGCUCUGCGAAGGUGCUGGAAAAUUUUGAGUUUGAUGCCAUUGCCAAUACGCAUAGUAUUGGCUCACAUAAAAAGAGACCUCUUCUAGGAUUGGUCCUUACUCCCACAAGAGAAUUAGCUGUGCAAGUAAAACACCACAUUGAUGCAGUUGCAAGGUUUACAGGCAUUAAGACUGCAAUUCUGGUUGGAGGCAUGGCUGCACAGAAACAAGAACGUGUACUGAAUCGAAAACCAGAAAUUGUAAUUGCAACUCCAGGCCGUCUGUGGGAGUUAGUUAAAGAGAGACACCCACAUCUUUCAAAUCUUCGGCAGCUCAGGUGUCUUGUGAUUGAUGAAGCAGACCGAAUGGUUGAGAAAGGUCACUUCCUAGAGCUGUCACAGUUGCUGGAAAUCCUAAAUGAUUCACAGUAUAACCCUCAACGACAGACUUUUGUUUUUUCUGCCACUUUGACUUUAGUUCAUCAGAUUCCCACAAGAGUUUUACAGAAAAAGAAUGCUAAAAAGAUGGACAAGAAGACUAAACUAGAAUUGUUAAUGGAAAGAGUAGGAAUAAAGGGCAAACCCAAAGUGAUAGACUUAACAAGGAAAGAGGCUACUGUUGAGACUCUGACAGAAACCAGGAUCCACUGUAAUACAAACGAGAAGGACUACUAUCUCUAUUACUUUCUUCUCCAGUAUCCAGGAAGAACCAUGGUCUUUGCAAACAGCAUAGACUGUGUAAAACGCCUCAGUUCUCUCCUCACAAUCUUAAAUUGCGAUCCUCUUCCUCUGCAUGCCAAUAUGCACCAAAAGCAAAGGCUGAAAAACCUAGAAAGAUUCGCUGAACGAGAGAGCUGUGUCCUCCUGACAACAGAUGUUGCAGCUCGUGGCCUCGAUAUUCCCAAAGUGCAGCAUGUCAUCCACUACCAGGUCCCUCGUACUUCGGAGUUGUACGUACAUAGAAGCGGCAGAACAGCCCGAGCUGCCAGUGAAGGCCUCAGCCUGUUGCUGAUUGGCCCUGAUGACUUGAUCAAUUUCAGGAAAAUUUAUAAAACUUUGGAGAAGAGUGAAGAGCUGCCAUUUUUCCCAAUUGAAACCAAGUGCAUGACUUCUAUCAAGGAGCGGGUGAAUUUGGCACGGCAGAUUGAGAAGGCAGAAUUUUUCAACAGUCGGGCAAAGCAUCAUGACUCCUGGCUCCAGCAAGCUGCAGAGGCUCUUGAGAUCGAUAUUGAUGAUGACAUGUUUAUGGGGAAAAAAGCUAGUGAGCAAGAAGAAAGCCAGAAGCAAAAGAUGCUGAAGGGGAUGAAGAAACAACUAAAACAUAUGUUGUCCCAGCCACUGUUUAAAGUUCUUAUGAAAACCAAGUACCCAACACAGUCUGGAAAACUACUUCUGCCUCAGACAUUGAUGUCUAUUUCGGAAUCUGCUCUGGGUGCUGUGUCCAAACAACAAGCUAAGAAGAAGAAAUCAAUAAAAUUAAAUUAGAUAACUGAGCAAGAUCACUCAGUGCAAUGGAAGCAAGGACAAGGAUUGUCAGUGCUUAUGGAGGAACUUGGCUAGAAGACACGUAGUAUCAGCGGAUGUUGUCUGUGUUUUGCUUGUGCAGGCACAGAGUAAAAUGUUGAUUUAAAGGGCUCUGUGAUCACGCAGUUAGUUGCUCUUGAAUCUUGUCUUGGAUCUUGUUUCCUUACAUUCUUACUCAUUUUCUCUUACUCUGUGUAUUAAUAGAAGCUAAAUAGUUUUUAGGUAGUUUUGUUUAUUUUUUUUUGUGAGAUGGGUAGAAGUUACUAGGUAAAAUUUACUGUAGGCAUACUCUACUGAUAAAACGUGAUUUGAAUUUUAAUGUCCUUAAAGGAAAGGGGAAGGUAGUCUGUAUAAAUCUUGAGUACAGUCUGACCUGGUGGUAAUGUCAGGUUUGGCUUUUACUGCAGCCAAUUUAAUGAGAAAGGUAGUAAACAUAAGUAGUGUUACCAGCAGAUCCACAAUUCUGGUUAUGAGAACCUCUCCCAGUUUUCUUUCUCCUCUGAUAAUAUUUCUUUUCUCCAGUGGAUCUAAUUCUCUUAGUCCUAUGUUAAUAUGUUUUAGAAUGUGCGAAAAAAAAAGUCAAGGUGGCAAUGGGCCAGGACUGACCUUCAGAUGUGUAGAUUUUUGAGUAGCAAGUAUUGCUACUCAGUGUUUUAUUAAUAUUUGAAGUUUAUAUUUGAAAACAUGUUAGAACCAUGAUCUUUGCUUUAUUGGAAUAGAUUGUUUUUAAAUGUCACUUUUGAAGAGCGCUUCUUGAUAAUUACGGUCUUAAAUAAUUGUAACUUGACCUGGACAAAUAAUUUUUAAAACUAUUUUUAAAAAUAUGUCAGGAAAUAUAUUUUGAAUUUUUGUUAAAUUGUAUCUUUUAUAAAACCUAAAGCCCGUGUCUGUUUUCAAUUCCUUGAGAUUUUUAAAUUCCUCAUCGCAGAUGCCCUUUGCACUUAGCAUGAAAGGAGAAGGGAAAAGCACCCAAAAGGUAAGACAUAGCAGUGGCAUAUGGGUGGGAACACAGGGAGCCCUCAUCUGCCAUCUCUAGAUCUGGUUGAGGUUUUGUGUUUCAGACAGUAUAGAACCAGUGUCACUGCUGUGAUGGCAGGCAUCGGUUCACUCAGCCAGUCAAAGAGAAAUUUGUCAGUGGAGUUAAGUCAUCUCUGGAAGGCUUUUCUCUUGCUUCCUUGCAUUACUGAAGAAGAGCUGUAAACAUUUAAUCAUAAGCAUACAGAGCUUGUCAAUUAUGUAUGAAGCUUUCCUCGUAACACAAUGUUUGUCUCGUGCCCUUUGGAAUAGAGGGAGGGAAGUUUUGGGCGAGGAUAUGAUGGUAAGGUGCUGCUUCCAUGUGAGAAGAUGACAUCUUUGGAGUUAAUGUGACAUCUGAAAAAUAAAACCAAGAAUUUAAGGAAAGAUGUGUGUAAGGAAAGCUGAAAAAAAGGAACUGAGUAAAGGCAAGCAUGCCCUCAUUCCUUUUCUGUGUCAUUAUAAUCACAUUCUUACAUUACGGAAAGAAACUUGCCUUGAUUGUGCAUCCCUGAAGGGAUUGAAGACCAGGUGGGCCAUUUCUGCAUCUUCUGAUUUAUUUCUGUUCACAGUUCAUUGGCAAAAUCAAGGCUGGAUCUUGUUACUAGGGCUCUGCCUCUCCUCCCUUGUCUGAAAAUUUCAUGAGGUAGAACAGUUUUGGCAAUUUCUUAAUUCCACGUGAUCGUGAGAACUGAAUUGGGGGACUGAUUAUUGUUUUUUUUCUCUCUGUCAUUGCUGUGAAGAUUUUCAGCUACUUCUGUUUCCCUGUGUUUAAUGACUUAGUUCUCACACUGCUACCCUACUGUGUUGCCAAGUCUCCAAGAUGGAGCAUGACACAUCGUCUCCUCCUCACCUUCUUCAUGUUCACUUGUGGCAUGCUCUGCUGCUGGUUUUCUCCUGCAGCCUCUGAUGCACUCAGCAUGAGCUCUCAAUGCUUAAUCUGCUGAAGCUGCACCCCCACAGGAGCUCAAGCUGAGCCUGGACCCUAAAAAUAUCUCAAUGUCUUGAAGAAUGUUUGUCUAGCGCACUGAAAAGCUGUCUUAUGGUUUCCUGCUUUGCCUUGUCCUUAUCUUAUGAGGAUAGCCUGAAUCCUCUACCUGGAGCAAAAAAGUUAUACUUGCUUUAGCUAAUUUAAACAAAUUAUUAAACAGUAACUGGAAAAUACUACCACUUAACUGUGCUUCCUUAAUGUGAAAUAGGUUACUGCAGAGAGUAAGGCAAAGGAUUUUGUUUUCUCCAGCUCUGAUUAUUUGUUUGUAUACUACUGGUACAAAAUAGUCUUGAAGAGUUUUACGUCAAGUGAAUAUGGGCAAUUGAGUUUUAAUAUUUAAUGAAAUAUGUAGUACCAAAUGGUUUCUCUAAUGCUCUGCUGGCACAGCAGUUACACUAAGGCCUCAAACAAGUAAUCUUUUAUUUUGUGACAGGGUAUGUCUGCUAUAAUAUUAAUUAAAGGACUAAUUAAGUCUAUUUUGGCUGUAAUAGCAACUUCCCAGUAGACUAAUAAAAGUGCGAGUUCAGCAGUGUUGAUAGGGGCCAGGCUGAUACAAAGCAACUAGAACUAUGUAACAGAAAAUUGAGACCCUAAUAGCUUCUAAGCCUUUGUUUUUGUUUUGUGAGUGCAUGGGGCCAGUUGACCUCAUUCUUGCUACAGUUCCUGAACUGCCAUACGCCUGUCAAGACAAGGAAGAGUCCCUGUAGUUUAAGACAUCUGCUGAGGACAUGGUUUGGACAGGAUCUCACAUAUUGGACAGCAAAGUUUCCUGAUAUUCCUGUAGCCUUUUCAUUCGCCCUCCUCCCUUGUAUGUUAAUAAAAUAACAAGUUAGCAAAGCCAAAGCUGGAGCAGUGCCUUGCCAUAUGCCAGUAGCCCAGGCAUGCAGCUGGCCAUGUGGCAUAGAGGUGGUAAUUAGCACCUAACUGAGUAAGGGCCAGGUACCACAGGCUUACUGCAAUCAAGUCUGUGUAUCCAGAUCCAUAAGAGGGAAAGAAAGAAGGAAUAGAAUAUUUUCUCAUGAUCUUGCCUCAUACUGCCUGAUCCCAAGUGAAAAAAAUCUGAUAAGAAACACUGCUUUGCCCUGUGCUAGCAGGGUGCAUUUUGGGUGCCUGGGUGAUUCCAUGUUGUUUCAUGAAUGGCUUGGUGAAGGAAGAGCUGGGAAGACCAUGAGUUGAGUGACUAAUAUGUAGCAACCAACAAUAUGUACAUAAUAUCCAAUAGUCUUUGCGGAAAAGUAGGAUAUUGUCAGAGGUCAUAGGACUGGGGAGAAGAGAGGCACCACAUGGGCCACAAUUAUUGCGGGAUAACCAAAGCCAGCCAUUCUGGUGCCAUCUCAAACCUUUCUGUCUUGCAACUGAGCCUGCUGUGGUUGUUACUCCAUAAGAAUGGCAGAUACACCAAGCAAGACACCAUCCAUGAUUCAGUCUCUGAUUGUCCACUUGGUCAAGCAGCAGGUGACUUCCUGGUCCAGGUUGCUCUAGAAAAAAAACCAAAAAUUACAUGGUUCUGGGACUUCCUUCAGCCUUUGUAGACUGGAAUGGUCUCAGUUUCAAUCUCCAAGAUAGGACUGACUGAGUUCCUUGAGGUUGAUUGUGUUUCAUCUGAUGUUCUUUGGGCAGUUUUUUAACAUGAAAGUGGUGAAUCCAGUAAUUUUCUGCAACCUUUCCAGUAAAGUAAGAAGUUAAUAACACAGUAUAGGGUCCAACUUUGUUUUGAAGGAGUGGACUUUUAUCAUUACUGCAUCUCCAGACUAGAUGUCAUGUACUUGCAUUCCUGCUGGUACUGGUGAAGCUGUCUGAUUUGUGCCCUAUUUUCUUGUAGAUAUUUUUGUAACCCAAAUAAAAAUUUGGUAACUCAUUCAUCUCAAUCUAAGAGGCUGGUCCUAGUGGACAUAGAGGUCUCAGGUACAGCUAAGUGCCUGCCAAACACUACUUCUGCUGGUGACAACCCUAAAGGUCGGUGAGGGGUAUUUCUUGUAUCCCAUAGUACUAUUCUUAAAAUUUCAGGCCAUUUCAAACCUACCUGACUACAAGUUCAACCAAUUUAUUAUUAAGAUUCAAAACAAUUUAUCUUUUAAAUAUAAUAUUAUGUACAUUUAAAAUCAUUCAUUCAUAGUGAUGUACUCUGUGGGGAAAAUGCUUCUGUAGUGUGCUACUUAAGAAUCAGUUCUACUUUAUGCAGGACAUGCAUGGGGUUUGGGUGACCGAGAACUAAUGGUUGCUUAUUUUCUGUGGUAGUCGCUGUUGCUGCUAUUGCUCUGGCGCUGCAAUUAUUUCCUGCAGCUACAGGAUCCGCGUGAGCAACAAGCCACAGGGCGGCAGUGCGGACCUAGAUUUUGAGUAAAGACUCUGCUGGCUACUCCUUUGUUCUCAUGCACAAAUAGCUCCAAGAGUUUGGAGUAAUCUGGCGAUCCCAGUGCAGGAGCAGAAACUAAACUCCUUUUAUAGCUUGGAAACCCUUCUUUCUCUGGACCCCACCGUACAGACUCCCCUUCCUCUGCCUUGGUAGCUUCUGUCAAUGGCUUACUUAUCUCCCUUAGCUCUGUUAUCCAGGGUCUGCAGUCCCUGCUGCUCCUAAAAAUCCUCACAGUGGUUUCCUUGUUACUGGUUGAGGUAUUUCUACAGUAGCCUGGACCCGUUCUGGGUCUACAAAUCUUUGUCCUUUUAAUAUAAAUCCUUAACACUUUACCUCCUGCUGACACAGCUGAAGCUUAGAAAUAAAACCACAGUGACCUCUUUCUGCUAAAGCAGUACAUGGACAAAAUCCUUUCAAGCAAUCUUCAUAUGACUUACUGGCAAGCAACAAGACAUCUACAUAUUGUAAAUGUAGAGAACUUACAGGUAAUGUAGUGUAAUGUCUUUUAAGUCUUCUUUAAGCAAAGGGGAGAAUAUCAUAGGAAACUCAGUGAACCUGUGGUGCCUCCAGAGAGGGAUCCUUACCCCAGAUCACACCUCUCAAUUACACUCGUGCCACUCAGCAUUUGAUUCCCAAGUCCAAUCAAGUCUCUUAAUUUCUUGUUGGCUUUCACUGUCACUGGGCUGGCCACCUUCUGAAGUUACCUCAUUCUCUUGGAAUUGCUUCCUUGAUCCUUGUCUUAUUCCUCUUGCAUCUGCCAGAUUCAGCUGCUUCUGUAUUAGCAGCAUUAGUUUUAUCAACUACCUUCAAGAUUUACCUUCCGUCAGCUCUCGCAGCCUAAGGCUUCCACUACUUUAGCUGGGAGUGCCAAGCUUCUAGUGCUAAAUGAGACUAUUCAGACAGAAUAAACAAUAACGUUUCUUCUAUAGUACAAUAGUAUAAUCCUAUUAUAUUUCUGUAUCAGUACUGGUAAUAACAGUGCUGUGAUGUGCAAGAUAUAAGGUGCAGUAAUUUCAGACUUUUUUUUAUAGUGUUACUAAUAAGCUGGCUCAAGUGAGGUCAUUUCUGGAGAAAAGAAGGCUCGGAGGAGCUCUUAUAGUGUCCUUCCAGUACCGGAAGGGGCUACAAGAAAGCUGGGGAGGGGCUAUUCAUAAAGGCUUGCGGUGACAGGACAAGCAGGAAUGGGUAUAAACUGGAGAGGGCAUUAGGAAGAAUUAGACUGGGCAUUAGGAAGAAUUUCUUCACCAUGAGAGUGGUGAGACAUUGGCACAAGUUGCCCAGAGAAGCUGUGGAUGCCCCAUUGUUGGAGGUAUUCAAGGCCAGGUUGGAUGGGGCCUUGGGCAGCCUGAUCUAGUGGGAUGUCCCUGCCUGUGGCAGGGGUGUUGGAACUAGGUGAUCUUUAAGGUCCCUUCCAACCCUACCUAUUCUAUGAUUUCCACCCUCUCAGUACUGAGAUGACCUCACAAUGUGGUUUUCUUGUCAAAGUAAAAUGUUUUGAGAAUUAAAUUUGCUGAAAUAUUUCUUACUGGUUUUCUUCUUUGUUUUCCUAAAUUCUCAAAAUCUCCUAAGCUCCAACAGGGAGAAAAAGUUUAUUCUUGCAUAUAAAUAUGUGUGUAUAAAUAUGAUUGGAAAGUGCGUCCCUUUCAUCAUAGAAGUUUUCAAAAGCCUGUUUUCUAGUGUAUUAUCCAAUUACACGUGUGUCCAACUACAUAGAUUUAUAUAAGAACAAAGUACUGUCA